AUGGAUACAUUAUCGGGAAGGGAUCGGGUCACCAAAAUUCUUCAAUAUGGAGCAAAAGUUGUGUCAUAUGCCAUUGAAACUCGAAGACAAUUAGUGUUGAAACAUUUAAUUUCCGAACAUGUGGAAUCUUCACAUUCUCUCAUUCAUCAUGAAGCGUUUGAUUUGGAAAAAACAAAAACUUUUUAUACUCAAGCGUUGAAGAGAACUUCAAAUUUUGAGUCUUCAAUUUCUGAUGCUCGAAAAGUAUUUCGAUUUUUCAAAUCGAUUGGAAGUCUGUUGGAUGUUUACAAAUUUGUCAUUCAGUUCUAUCAAUUGCAUUGGAAAAAAAGAGAAACAAAUCAUACGAGUAGUACGACUGGUAAUGCUACUAAUAGCACCAAUGAGAUGAAAAAUGGAGAAAAAAGGCCGACCUUAAGAUGGAUUGAUUUUGUGAGAGUUUCACAAAAGUUUCUUCUUUCAAUUUAUAUCUUGUACGAUCAUGCAAGUUGGGCAGCUAAGGCUGGCUUGUUUUAUGAUGUCACAGAGCUUAAUGCUGUGCAUGUGUGGCAGAAAUUAUUUAAUAAUUCACGAGCCAAGCAUUAUUCAGAGACAUCUUGUAAAAUGUGGUUUAUUGGAACAUUGUUAAUGUUAAUCUCGGAUGUGUACGACUUUUUGGACACGUUUAAUGAGGAAAUACGGUGCCUGAGAGAAAAAGCGGAUUGUAUGAGAGAGCUUCCUGAGGGAUUUUUGAAUUUGAGUGAUUUUUUGGUAGAGCCCUCAAAUGCUGCUGCAGUUCCAACGCCAAGCAAUCCAAUCAAAAAUUCAAAACUCUCAAGUAUUGACACUAAAUUGAAAGAGAUUAGUGACAGAAAGUCACAAAUUGUUAGAAAUAUUAUCAAGAACACUUCAGAUUUAUUAGUAGCUGGUAAUGGAGGUUACAAGGUUUGGUCGCUCAACAAUGCUGUAGUUGGUAUUAGUGGAUGUGUGAGUGCUGUUGUGGGCUUGUAUGAAACUUGGCCAAAAAAGUAG